AUGUCCUCCUCAAUACUAUCGUCUUCGUCAUCGAUUCUCUCCUCCGCGACCAAAACAUACGCAACCACCAUCCCCACAGGUACGAUAUCAGCUCUCAUCGGUAAACCCCCAAAUACCACCAAUGACUAUUACAUCGUCGCCUACCUCAACGGUGCUUUUGGCAUACACGGCAACCCUAAUAAGGGGAUAGUCAUCCCUCCUUUAGCACCACCAGGCUAUGUCUACGAAUCCCGUGCCACGUCAAUUUUAAUCGGAAUGUCCGUAUCCAUCUUUUUCAUGUUCACAUUUACACUUGUUCGUCUUCUUAUCCGUCUCCUCAAUCGCGGUCUAAGACUCGGUCUCGACGAUCUCUUUAUUGUUCCCGGUGUCAUCCUCGCAAUUACGUGGCCAGUAUUACAGAUUUUAGCAGUCGUAUAUGGAGGCGCGGGAAAACACAUCUGGGAUGUAACAUAUGAGGAAUAUGGAUACUUCAAACGCUACACCAACUGGUCGAAGGUAUUUUUCUUCGUCGCAGUAGGAGUGGUGAAGGUUUCGAUAUGUCUUUUCAAUCGCAGACUUACAUCUAUGACAUCGAACAAGUGGCUUUUAUUUAACAACGCCUUCCUCGUUCUCCUGGUCAUUUAUAUUCUAGUAUCCAUCUUCUGGAAUGUCUUUCUCUGUAACCCUGUUUGGGGAGGUUGGGACGCAAUUAGAUUGGGGAGAGAAGGUGUGGUUGCGAAAUGUUUCCCGGUGGGAACGAUGGGUACCAUUUUGAGUACGAUUCAUGUCAUUAUGGAUUUUGGUCUCUUGGCUGUCCCGCUUAUUGUACUGUGGAAAGUCAAGAUGGGAUUGAGGACGAGAGGGAGAUUGUAUAUUGUUUUUGCGGUGGGAGGUGUGAGUAUGAUUGGAAGUAUUUUGAGACAAAUCGAGCAGACGAAAUUGAGCUCGGAUGUUUUAUGGUCUUUCAAAGCUCUCGAAGAUUGGACAUUGGUCGAUCUCACACUCGGUGUAAUUGUCGCUUCUCUGCCUGUUCUCUCAGCUAUCAUCCCAGCCAAAUGGAAAUCAAUCCACACCUCUUCAUCCUAUAAAAAUCCCUCACAUCUCGGUUCUCAUCCGCUCUCCAACCCCGGAAAUCACAUACGUUCGAAAUACACUGGCAAAAAUGGAAAAGAUACCAAGAAUGGACGGAACCGAGGAACCAACGGCGGUACCUUUGGAGAAAGCGAAGAAAACAUUGUGAGAACCGAUGUGAUCGAGUUAAGUUUCCAAAGCAAAGGAGAUGUGGAAAGUCGCGAGGAAGUAAAAGAAGAAGGAAAUGGAGAAGGAGGAAGCGGAAGCGGAAGCGGACGCGUCAAGCGCAGUUUCUCGCGGAAUCGAAAUCGCGACGAUUCGAACGAGAGACCGGCUGCGAAUAAGUUGGAUAAGGAGACCACUGAGUGGCAUGGUGCGAAAGGUCAAUAUGGCCACCGAGUGGAAAUUAGUAGGGAUGAGUGA